AUGGCUUUCAAACAAGAUUUUAACGAUGGCAAGUGGCCUUUCGGUGGCGAAGGCGGCUCGAAUGAUGUCCCUACACCAGCCGGGGCUGCGUGUGUCAAGAUAAGUAAGAUUCUGGCCUCGGCAGAUGAGCACGCAGGCGAGUAUUCGUUCGGUGGCGUAGCGGAUGCGCUCCCAGUCAUGCCUGGACUAUUCAUCAAUGGUGUGGGGUUCAUUCCUCUACCACUUGCCCCUGAACAUGCAGAGAAGCUGAUCGCUAAAUGUGCUAAAUCUCCUUUCGGACACAACUUGGACACGAAGAUGGACGACAGUGUCCGGAAGAGUUGGCAGUUGCAACCUGAUCAACUGGAGCUCAGAAAUCCGUUGUGGCAAGGAGGAAUUGAGAAGUUAACGGAGACGAUCGCUGCUCGCUUGGGUUACAAGGGUGUUCCAUUGAACUGCGUCCUCUACAAGCUGCUCGUGUAUGGAGAAGGAGGUCACUUCCUGAAACAUCAAGAUACCGAAAAGGAGGACGGAAUGAUUGCGACAUUGGUAGUCCAGCCACCAAGUACCCACGAAGGCGGAGAUCUCGUAGUGUAUCGAAACGGACAAGUGGAACACCGUCACGAUUUCGGCAAAAUCGACGGCACUGCAGCUUAUUUACCACACUACGCCGUGCACUAUUCGGAUGCUGAACAUGCUCUGGAGGACGUGACGAAGGGGUAUCGCCUUGCUUUGGUGUACUCAAUUUGCCUUCCAUCGUCCUUGCAGAGCUUGAAACGAGACCCCAACGUGACCAUGAGCGCUGAGCUCGCCAACGCGUUCAAAGAAAUGGGACCGGAAGACGGAUCAUUCGCGUUGCUACUUUCACACGAGUAUACUAAAAAGAGCAUUGGGGAGUUGGGAUCUGGAGCUCUAAAAGGUAUUGACAGUGCACGAUUCCGGGUUCUUGAAGAAGCGAAUGAGUCUGUUCCAGCUGAUAAGAAACUUCGGUUCUUAAUUGUAAAAAUCGCUAUUCAAGUCGACAAUCAACUAGAUGAGGAAGGCUGGAUGCGCUAUGGCUACGAGCAAGCGCUGCACUGGUACUUGACUAGCGGAACAGAUCUGGGACACUGGAAAAACGAAAUUCUGUCCAAGAAACUCAAUUUUCUGAAUCCUAGUCACGAAACAUUACUUCAAUUUUGGAAGGCGUUUGGGAACACAGAAGACGUGUAUACGGGUAAUGAAGGGCCUAUCAAAAGCACAAAAUACGGAAGGUUUGCGAUCAUUGCAUGGCCUGCUGUUCGCCAUUUGGAGAACGUGGCGAACCUCAUGUCUGCGGAGCUGGCUGUUGAAGAGUUAGCUUCACGUAGACCUGUCGAUGCUACCGCGCUACAUAAUCUUCUUGACACAACCACUACCAAGUAUGGCUGGGGAGAAGUGUCCACCUGGAGACGUGUUCCUAAGGCAUCAGUCAGAUUUUGCCGCACGUUUUGUGAGCUACUGGUUGAUUCGAAUGAUCUCGAGUUGACGAAGUUGUUUCUCACCAAUUUUUGCCCGAAACUCGGAUUUUUGACUGGCAAUUCAACGUUGAUCCCAGUGAUGAUCAAACUCGCGCGUGUAUUUGCGUGGGACGACGUUGGUGUUUUAUUGCUAAACGUUUUGGGCAACAGAACGAACGAAUACAACUAUUUCGCAGACCCCGGUGAAUCGGACAUGGAAGUGUUGUUGCAUGUAGCUGGAGGCAUAGAUGAUGGCAUCGCUAAGCUAAGUUUGAUCGAGGCGGCAAUAGCUAAAGAUGACUAUUUCUUGUCGUCAGUUGAAGCUGUUGACGUUUUGUGGAGUGUUGUCCGUUCUGGAGAUAAACAAUCGUUUGACUUGAUUAUAAGCAAAAUUCAGAAACGGGACCCACGUGAGCUUGGACCAUUUGUCGAGGUUUUUUCACGCCACCUAACUGAUUAUGAUGAAUCGACUGCGCAGCGUGGAGUACUCCAGGGGAUUGCUGACAAGAGGAUGCAAUGGCUGAAAAGAGAGAUUGAGAGACUGGAAAAGAUUGACAAGGAGUUUUCGUGGAGAAUGCCCUACGCUGAAGACCCCGACUAUCCUAGUUUUGAAGACUUUCUGCGUGGUCCAGAUCGAUUCUGGAUCAUGAAAGGAGUACCAACAUGGGAUGGAGAUGUACAAGAGUUUACUGGACCGCGCGAGGUGAAGAAGUACGCUAAGAGGUGUCUGUUUGAAGGUCAGUACGAGUCGUCGUAUACAGCCGAAGCUAAGGCAGGUGAAACACUUUUUGUGACGAUCACGAAGACGCGGAAGUGGUUCGAGGAUUCCCAGGUGAAAUUGGCUCAGUACCAAACCGAGUUGUCGCGCCUGAGCACAAUCUACUGA